UUGCGACGAAGAAGAGUCACUCCAGUUCCAGCCGAAGAAAAAAGAGGUGUCUCUCAAUCUAUAAUACCAGAUCGUAAAGAUACUCUUUUUUUGGGCAAGCAACAUCGGAAGCGGAGGCAUUUUAAUUAAUUUUGUAAGAAAAUUUUGAAAAGAUAAGCAACAAGAUGCACCUCCUACGACUUGGUGGACUGAGGAUGAGGCGAACCAGCGGCGGAGUUGUUGGGGGCACAGGGGUGUUCACGUCAUCUCCCGCAUCCGCAUUUUCGGAUCAACAACAAGCCUUACGAGCCGUGGAUGGAGUAAACUUGGCAAAAAAAUCGAAAACAUCAACAUCCUUCUCGUUGACUCAUUCCGCCAACAAAAUUUUCAUCUACGUUGUGGCCAUGGUCGUCCUCAUCUUUGCCUUCUCGUCAUAUGCUGACAAGUAUGGCGUGUCUGCGAUGCCGAGAUGUGCUCCUUGUCCAGGGGGCGAAUGUCCCGAGCCACCAGCAGGGACUUGCACGUACGGAGUCGUAACUAAUUUCUGUGGGAGGAGGAUUUGCGCAAAGGGACCCGGCGAGGUGUGUGGGACAGGAAUGUUUAAAAUGCUUGGGGCUUGCGGGGAUGGCAUGACCUGCAGCUGCGGACGAUGUAUCGGGUGUUACAUAAAUACUAUGGAGUGCUUCGAUAAAACGUGUACCAAAUGAUGGUGAUCAUCAUCUUGAUUCGAUAUCUGACUUAUCCAACAACACUAUUAGUACUUUCAACUAUGCUCUGACUAUUCACACUAUUUUAGUGUAAAAAUAUUUCUAUGCAGAAAUAUUUCUUCUCAUUUUUUGUGAUGAAAAACUACUAAAUAUCUAGAUUUAUGAGUCUCAUUUUUGUUAUUUCAAGUUUUAAACAUUGGUCUAUGCCUUGUAGGCCAAUUUUACUGUCCUAAUCACCAACCCGUCCUGUCCUGUAAGAAUUAGGGGUUUCCUAUAUUUCUGAUAUAUGUAUGUACUCGUCUCUUGCUGUGGUAUUCUUUUAUCUAUUUCCGUAACUUUAAUCUCAGAUCUGUCUCAUCUUUCCAUAAUUUGUGAAAACAUUUACUAUACAUUCCUGACAUUCUAAAUACGCUCGACGUACAGAUUAACAAGCGUCAUAAUAAAAGUUAUUGAAAAGCUUUUAAUGA